GACGUGCUUUAAAGAAGUUUUGCUUCGCCAAUUUUCAACAGAUUUGUCCAUCUCAUUGCAUUGUAGAAUUUCUUGGUUCCCACAAGCUUGGUGGUUUGGAGGGGAGACUAGGAAACAGAAAGGGAGAUGACGACUUUGGAAUUGCAGCAGCCGCCGACCAGCUUGGACGCUUCUGACUUCAAUCACACUCCCUUUUACUGUGAGGAGAACGUGUAUUUUCUUUGCAAGAAACUUUGUUCUAACGGGAUAGCAGAUGCUCAAGGAUCUGAUCUUUUCGUCGUUGUCAUUUCCAAUGACAAUAAACAGAUUCCACUGUGGCAUCAAAAGUCUAGCAAUAGAGCAGAUGGUGUAAUCCUCUGGGAUUACCAUGUUAUUUGCAUUCAGAGGAAAAAAGAUGGUGACUCUCAUUUAGUAUGGGACUUGGAUUCAAGUCUUCCAUUUCCUUGUCCUUUAGCGACAUAUGUGUCCGAAACUGUCCGACCAUCUUUUCAGCUCUUUUCAGAGUUUCAAAGGUUUUUCCGGGUCGUGCAUGUUCCAUUAUUCCUUCAUCACUUUGCAUCCGAUAGAAGACACAUGAAAGAUUCUGAAGGGAACUGGACUGCUCAACCUCCUACAUAUGAACCCAUAGUUGCUGAAGAUGGAUCUGUGCACAACUUAAAUGAGUACCUGGAGAUCCAUGCUGCAGAUGCGGUAACAAAUCUUCCAGCUGAUUUGACCAAUGUUGUUUUCAGUCAGAAGCAUGGAGUGGUUAUCGGUGAAGCACAUCUUGAGGAAUUCUUUUCUCAAAUUUCUUAAUGCGGUCAUUUGUAGCUAGAACCCUAGAACUUGCAUGGUUGAUGCAUGGUCUUCAAUACGUAAACAGCCACUAUACAAAUGUGUUCUCGAUGCUGUAUAUGUUGUUUGCCACAAGAGUGCAAAAGUGAAGGCAAACAAACUUAAUAGAAUAUUGUCCGCAUGACAUACAAGAUAGAAUAUUCUUGCUUUUCCUUUUUCUUUUUCCUUUUGAAUGAAAUAAUUUAUCGUCUUUGAUAAGUGCAGUAUUAAAUCUUUGUUUGCUGUUCUUAAUAGUUGUUCUUCCUCGAGCUCUUUGCCGGCUAAUCUUCCCUAUUCUAUCUAUCCUUUCCCUAUGGUAAUGGAGACUUACUAUCUCCAGCUUUACUAUUUUUUUGUCACUCCAAUGGUUUCAAGAAGGCCAGGGAGAACCGAGUAUCCUGUGCUUUAAGGCUUCCCACAGCUUAAGGGGUAUUCCACCGUUAGGGGGAAGCCCCGUGGUUCACUUGUGAUGGU